CUGCUCGCUGCUGCUGCUGCUGCUGAACGACACAUUCUCUCGUUCGUGUAUAUACGUGUGCUCGAGUGUGUGCUGUGUCGUGUGCUGUGCGGAGAGAGAUCGAGAGGCGCGUGUUGUUCUCCUCGCAUUUACUACUCGCGUGUGCGUGGCCAGCAGUCCAGUGUGCAUUCAGCUGCGAGAGAGGUUGAGUAUAGUGCAAAGUAGAGAGAAAGAAACAACACAGCAGCGAGUGUGUGCGUUGCGUGCGUGUGCCCAGUAGUGCUCGAGUUUUGAUUUAUAGCUGCUGCUGGUGAUUUUAUUAUCGAGUUUUUCCUCCAAGAUUUAUACUGCUAUACACAUCGCGUUACGCACGAGGUGCACAGUGGUGUGUGUGUGGCUGUGUGAUCGCCCAAAAAUUUCGAGAGUAUAACGGAAACAUGCUAAUCCGGACGAGCUGAGACGGACAGGGAUAGAGAGAAGAAUUUUGGAAGCGACGCACGAGAGUCGUCGACAUGAUCGUCGUCAGAAGUGCGAGGUGGGAAGCGCGAGGGAAGCGGCCAAAUCCCAAGCAGGCGACCGACGACGGCCCACAAGACAGACUGAAAAAGAAUAAUCGAGCGCCGAGACAAUCGAUACACAAUUGAAGCUUCGCUUCACGCAAAAGCCAAGCAACUGGACGAGAGAAGAAGUAGAGGAAGAAGAAGAAGAGGAAGAGGAAGGCCAGCUGAAGCCAAACCAGUCGCCCUCGGUGCACUCGCGCCCUAAGGAGGUGACUGCUCGGCUCCGCGCCCUUAUCCAGGCCAGUCGACGGGGGAUGCAGCUGAGCAGCUCGAUCCUCACAGGGACGCCGCAGGCAUGGAGGAGCCCUCGCUCGAGGCCCCCAUGCAGGCGGGCUUCAUCUUCGUGGUCGGCGUCGCCAUCAUACUCUCGAAUCUGCUCAUCAUCGCCACUUAUCUCAAUUAUCGGGGCCCCACCGAGGUGAUAAACUACUACCUGCUGUCGCUCGCCACGGCCGAUCUGCUGUGCGGCCUGCUGGUCGUGCCGCUCUCGGUCUAUCCGGCCCUGGUCAGGAGAUGGGUCUACGGCGACAUCGUGUGCCGCCUCGUCGGCUAUCUCGAGGUCACCCUCUGGGCCGUGUCCGUCUACACGUUCAUGUGGAUCUCCGUCGAUCGCUAUCUCGCCAUCAGAAAACCACUGCGCUACGAGACGGUCCAGACGAAGACGCGCUGCCAGUGCUGGAUGGCGUUCACCUGGAUCUCGGUGGCGAUGAUGUGCUGCCCGCCCCUGCUGGGCUUCAACAAGGCCAUCUUCGACUCGGAGGCGUUCAUCUGCAUGCUCGACUGGGGUAACAUGGCCGCCUACACGAUCACCCUGUCGAUCCUCGUGCUCGGGCCCUCGGUCAUCACCAUCGUCUACACGUACUUCUACAUAUUCUCGAUGAUGAGGAAGCUGAGGUCGGGCGUGCCCAUACACGACAAGGAGUACGCCACUGCCCUGUCGGAGAACCUGAGCAAUCCAAGCCACAUCAUGUCCUUCGUCCUGGUCAUGGCGUUCUGGAUCUCGUGGGCGCCCUACGCCGGCCUCAGGAUCUGGUCCUCGCUCAACGGGCCACCGCAGGUGCCGUUCCUACACUUCGCCGUCGUGUGGUUCGGGGUGACCAACAGCUUCUGGAAGGCCGUGGUGCUGGGCACCCUCAGUCCGCAGUUCCGCCUGGCGGCGCGCGUCCUCUGCCUGACGCUCUGCUGCCGGCAUCGCCGACUGCCCCCAGAGCUGCUCGGACUCGACGACGAUGAUUGAAAGAUAAGACGAGAGAUGACGUGUCACAGACAACAACAACAACAGAACAACAACAACAAUGAUUCCUCAGUUAUUAUCGCCAACAGCAGCAGCAGCAGCAACAACGAUUCCACUUACUCCUCGGCCGCCAGGUCCAUGCUAUUGGCUUGCGUGCGCGGCUUCGUGCAGAUGAUCCUGUCGACCCGCGUCAAGAUCAAUUUCGUGCGCUUUGGCUGCUUCGUCGUGCCCACGCCCAGGUUGCGCGACGUCGAUUAUCCCGCUUGAUUUUUACCCUUUUUUAUUAUUAUUUUUGUUUCGAUUCAUUUUAUAUUUUUACUCCACACACACGUACAGACGCGCACACAUAAUUCGACACGAUUACACACAGAAAUAACGCAAAUGCGAGUCCGUUUGUUCGACCAAAAAAGUUUGGGAGGUGGACACGCGAAUCUCGAUGGCUCGGCGGCGACGGCGGCGGCGCGCGUAAUAACGUCCAUUAAAUUAUGUAUUACAAUUUACUCUGUCAACAACUAUAAGCUGUGCAAAGUUAUAAUAUGUAAUAAAUGAUGCAAACGCGUCGAAAACACGUGUGUAUAAGUGAACGAAAAAAUAAAAACUUUUGAAAACUGCAGAAGCAGCGGUAUAUAUGUACGUGCGCCCAACUAUUAUUAUGGCCUUGCACACGACCGUAUAGCUUAAAAAAAAAAAGUAAAAUUGCAUCGUGUUUAUUAUUAUGUGCGCAGCUCGAUGGACAGGCUCGAUAAUUCGCAACUAUAGCCGUGUAUAAUGACACACAAAAAACGAUCUGCGACGUACUGCGUACAUAUCAUAAUAUACCAUGGGUAAAACUCAAAUGACUUGGUGGCUUUGAAUCGCCUUUUUUUUAAAUGAUUCAAAAAUCUCAUAGGGUUCAUUUGAAAAUAUUAUGAAAAAAAUUCGAUUAAUAACUUCAAGUAUAGAUGUAAUUGUUAAACAAUUCAAAAUCCACAACACCAUUGUACGGUAAAGUGACCAAAUUAUAUGAAUUUUCCCAUGAUUGCAUCAGUUCAUAAUAUAAAAACCACCAAGAAAGACUGGACUACUCACGACUACUAUAUUAUACUAAUACCGUAUUUAUGGUUUAACUAUAAAUAUAAGCGCAUAAGAUACGUAAAUGAAAAAAAAAUAACUACAUAAAAUAGGCUAGUCGGCAAAAAAGUGCUAGAUGACAAUUUUACUUAAAGUAUAAGUCUAUAUUACAGCGAAAAAUCCGAUGAUCGAUCGCCGCGUCCAUCGAGAAAUUCACGCGAAUUCCACCUCCCAGGAACGACAUAUUAUAAAUCCCCCCUUGCAGCAGCGACACAACGUUGUUUUGUCAUCGCGUCACUCUCUCUGUCUGUCUACCAAAAAAACAAACCAAAAAAAAAAACAAUGUCCCGAAUGGACUGAAAACACGCAUCGCGCUACGUCACGAUUGAAAAAAAAUUAUAUAACUACAAAAAUAAAGAUAAUUAAGAUCGAACAAAAAAAAUCACCGACUCGAGGAAGCUAAUAUUUGCCAACCCUACGUUGCAAAAUUACGCAACAGAGCGAUGUUACGUGUCGUUCUUUAUUAAUAAAUACACACACUUUGCUAAUAAAUAAAAAAAUAUUAUUGAAAAAAUAUAUAUGUAUCUAUAUAACGAUAGAUAUGUUUUACCCAUUUACGCAUCGAAUUAAUAUGCUUUUCAGCGCAUAUAAAAAUCAUACUUUGGAAGAUCUGCUUUUCACGCGCGUCAUCCCGCUCGAGCAUAAAACAUUUUUCUCGCGCUCACUUUAAUGCUUGCGUAAAUUUUUGCACGUAAUUAAAAGUUUUUCUUUCGUUAUUUUUCAUUUUCUGUUAAAAGAUGAUUAUGAUUUAAAAAAUGUGCACAUUUUAGUAAGUAUUAUUACAUACUUAACUGAUAUCAUCUCUCUCAACAAGAACACAAUCAGAGACAGUAUAAACAAAAACACACGUAAAUGGAUAAACAAUAUUAAUUAAUAUAAAUGAUUAGAAUUAAUGUGUAUGAAUUGUAUGUACGUGGGUGUGAUAAAAAAAGCUCACUAAACAUAAAUAUAUAAUAAUAAAAAAAAUAUAACGUGGAUAUACUACGAUAACGAGUGAACAGAGAGAGAUAGAGAGGAAAGUGAUGCAUUUGAGCGCGAGGAGCGCAAAUAUUGUUAUUGAUCUGAUUGAUGCGAGUGCAGCGAUUGAUCGACGUGUGACAUGAAUUUGGAAAGAGGUUAAAAAAAAUGUGUGAAGUACUUAGCGUAUAUAGUUAUAUAUAAAUAAAAAUUACAAAUAUAUUUGCUCAGCAGCUGCCGCCACAAAUGCAACUGGCGUGAUUCGAAUCGAAUUUUUGUAUAUUAUAAAGCUAAUCAAACUUUUUAGCAAAAAACUUAGUGUAAAAAAAUCAGUGCAACAUCACAACGUUACUAUUAAUGAUUAUGAAAAUAAAAAAUAAAAAUAAUAGUUAUGUGAGUACGACAAGACAUAUGUGAUGUUUCGUUUGUCAAUAUAAGGUACACACAUUUGCAAAGCGAAUUUUUUCAUUGUUUUCGUUUUUUGCCUAUUAUAUAUUACAUAAAUUGUCUUUUGCACGAGAAGCGCAGGUAGCAAUGAGAUGCAGACUAUCGAAGGGAACACUACGAAACAGUAGCAAAGUUUAUUGUGAUGUUGAAUCGUCGAUGGUUUUUACAUUUUAUUAUUGUUUUAGCGUAUAAUGAUCGAACUUGUGAAGAAGAAAAAAUAAUUGAAAAUUUGCACACCAAUAUAUAAGUAUAAGUUUUUCUCGUUUUGUCUACGCGUGCGAACGUUUGGGGAAAACAUAUACGCGACAAAAAAAAAGGUGAAAAAAAAACCACGAACUAAAGUCUGCAAAACAAGCGUAUACCACACGUUCCACGAGUAUUUUAAAAACGCGCACGGUUUAAGUAAAAAAGAAAAGAAGCAAAAAAAGACACACAAUUGAUUUGCAUUUUUACACGAUUUCGCUCGUAUACGUAUAUGAAACGAUGGCUCGACAAAUCAAUUUAAUUCCUAUACGUAUAUUAAAAUACAUAUAAUUAAAUAUCAAAUGAACUGGUUUUUGUAAAACGAAGCAUGAUGAAAGUUUCUUUUUCCUAGAUGCAAAGCAAUUAUACAAUGUAAACAAAAGAAAAAAUUGUGUAAGAUAAAUUAACAAAAAAAAAAAAAAUAGAUAUUAAAUACAUAUGAUAUUGACAAAUAUAAUGAACAACAAUGAUACUUUUCUUACGAACUUAAAUGUGACGAAUGGUUAAAUAUGUUUACAAUUACAAAAGACAAAAAAUUUCACACGACUCAACGAUGUCACAGAAAAUUUUAAAAAAUGUAAAAAAAAAAUAUACGAUAGAAAACGAAAAAAAAAACAAAAUAAAACGUUAAAAUAUGAUAAAAAUUUUUAUCGAUCCUCGCUGGUCAUGUCAACUUGACUUCUACUUUAUAAGAAUAAUGUAGAAAAGCGUUACAGUAUAUAUUCCGAGGUAAAUUGCAGCUUCAUCACUUAAAAAUCGUCUCGCUUCGUUCGAUACCUCAAACUACUAAACCUAACUUAGAAUGAGAGAGGAGAGGACACGUUGUAAAAAAAAGAUGAAUAGACCAUUCGAAAAUUACAAUGCAAACUCGUUCAAAUGAGAUUUAAAAAGAGGUAAAAUUGAUAUAUUAUUCGAAUAAUUGUAAAGCAGUUAUAAAUUGCAGACGAAAUUUUCAUGUACUUGACGUAAAUAUUUUAGUAAAAAAAGAAAAGACGACGAAAAUACAAUAUUUUCUGCCCAUAGUAAUUCGCAUAUAUUAAAGGCCGAAGACGAAAUAAUUGUUGAAAAAAAUCUAUCGAGAAUCGUAUAAAAAUUUUCUGUAAUUUGUUCUUUUUUUCGCGUGAAACUGUUCGAAGGAAAUGAGUAAGUGGAAAAAAAUUAUAAAUAAAAUAAUGUCGUAAUCCAAAGCGUUCAAAGGUGUGUGCAUGCGCACGAAACAGAUGUAUAGAAAAGAAAAUAAUAUAAAUACAAUGUAAAAGAGACUAGUCAAUUAACAAAAAGUCUAGCUACUGAAAAAAAAAUUCUAUGAAGAAAAAAAAUUAUAAAUAUAUCUAUGCUAUAAUGCAACGUGACAUCGAUGCGACGUUUUUUUCGUCAAUCCCCACGUGCUCAUUAAAAGUUUUUCUUUUAACGAGGUCUUCACUUUUGUCCGCGUUACUCCGACGAUUUUACAAACUGCAAUAUCCAAACUGACUGUUAAUUUUUCUUUUUUGAUUCAGAAAAAAAUAUUAUGUAUUACUGAACCUCGAAUCAUCGAAAUUACUAAAAUUAUUUUGUACAUCAAUUGAUCAAGACAGCAAUAGAUCUAACUUUUUUGACUUACAAUAUUGAUCGACUGUACAUUUGAUUAUCUUUAAUGCCAAAGCCAGUCGCGCCAUAAUCUUGUUAGGCUUUGUCUAAUAACAUUACAAUGAGCUUAAUUUAAUGAUGCGAAAUCAUUGUAGAUAAAUAAAUUAGUAAAGAUAAAUUAUAAAAAAAUGGAACGCAACCGCUUUGAGUAUUAAAAGUCGUAAAAAAAAACUUUUAUUUCUAUUUUCGGGGGCCGUUGCUGUACUGCAACCUCGAAAUUGAAAAAAAAAGAAAAGACAAUGCUUAUUAGUUAUAAUUUUUACGUACUGUUAUGACACCGUAGAAUUUAUUAUCCUAUGGCAUAAUUACUUUAUUAUUGUACAAAUUCGAUUGUUAAUAGAUUUGACUUGUUAUAAUGUUAAGAUGUGUAAAUAAAAACUAAUUUGUUAAUAGAAA